AUGGCCAGCCUAUCGCUCCCUCCCAAAGCCCCUGCGGUCUAUCUUUGGGAAGCGCAGCACGGCAGUGACUCUGACCUCCUGGUGAUAGAUGAGGACUCCUGGGACAGCUCCGUGGGCCACAACGAGGAGUUUUUGCCCACAAAAGCAUCAGGCAGCGGGCUGUCCUCCCCUCGCCGGCGGCCCGUCGUGGCUCAGCCGGCCUCGAAGAUCCACCUCCACCAGAGCAGUGCCUCUCCCACCGCCCCCCUACAGCCCAACCCCCCCAAACCGCCAGCACCCCACGCCUCCGCCACUCCAGAACCCCACCUACCUCCCACUACAGAACCUGGCGUGGGACAGGCGCCUUCACGGGGCCGAGGGCCGCCCGAGAGCCGGAGAAGAGCUGUGGACGGAAGGCACCAGAAGAGGGGACGGAGGAACGGGAAUGGCGACGUGCUGGAGCAAGCGCCCGCGUCCGCCGAGACGAGGAAGAGGAGAAAAGGUGUCGAGGGCGAGGGUAUUGGAGAGAGGGUGGCCGGGGAGGAGAUGCCGACUUCCCUGUCCCCCCCUGCAGGGCCCGAGGGAGAGGAAGGGCCCCCGAGGGCCCCGCGGGGGGGGGCUGACGAGGAGACGCGGUGCCCGCUCUGCGACAAGACCUUCCCCCUCCGCGAGCAGCUGACGACGCACCUGGAGCUCCACGCGCUGCGCUACCGCUGCCUGCCCUGCGAGAGGCGCUUCGGCAGCAAGUCGGGGUACUACCAGCACCAGCGGGUGCACCGGAGGGGGCGGGCGUUCCGCUGCGCCCUCUGCCCCGUGAGCUUCUACACCAAGAGCCACCUGGCGGUCCACGGCCGCCUGCACUCGGGGGAGCGGCCGUUCCCCUGCGCGCUGUGCCCCAAGCGCUUCUUCACCGCCAGCUGCAUCAAGCGCCACACGCUGAGCCACAACGGGGUCAAGCCCCACCGGUGCCCCCGGUGCGGCAAGGACUUCUCCCAGAACGGGAACCUGAAGAAGCACAUGGCCACUCACCAGCUGCCGAGGUGA